AUGCCUUAUUUCAAACAGCCUAAGCACCUCCAGAGUCUGAUGCUUCUGCAAUGGCCCUUGAGCUACCUUGCCAUGUUUUGGAUCUUGCAGCCAUUUUUCAUUUACCUGCUAUUUACGUCCUUGUGGCCACUACCAGUGCUUUACUUUGUCUGGUUUUUCCUGGACUGGAAGACCCCAGAGCAAGGUGGAAGGCGUUCAGCUUGGGUAAGGAACUGGUGUGCUUGGACCCAUAUCAAGGACUAUUUCCCCAUUACGAUCCAGAAGACAAAAGAUCUGUCACCUGAGCACAACUACCUCAUGGGAGUUCACCCCCAUGGCCUUUUGACCUUUGGAGCCUUCUGCAAUUUCUGCACUGAGGCCACAGGCUUCUCGAAGAUCUUCCCAGGCAUCACUCCCCACUUAGCCACACUGUCUUGGUUCUUCAAGAUCCCAUUUGUUAGGGAGUACCUCAUGGCCAAAGGUGUAUGCUCUGUGAGUCAGCCAGCCAUUGACUACCUGCUAAGCCAUGGCACUGGCAACCUCGUGGGCAUCGUAGUAGGAGGGGUGGGAGAGGCCCUACAAAGUGUGCCCAACACCACCACCCUCAUCCUCCGGAAGCGCAAGGGAUUUGUGCGCACAGCCCUCCAGCAUGGGGCUCAUCUGGUCCCCACAUUCACUUUUGGAGAAACUGAGGUAUAUGAUCAGGUGCUAUUCCAUAAGGACAGCUGGAUGCACAAGUUCCAGAGCUGCUUCCGCAGUAUCUUUGGUUUCUAUUUUUGUGUCUUCUAUGGACGAGGCUUCUGCCAAGGCUCCACCGGGCUCCUGCCAUACUCGCUGCCUAUCGUCACUGUGGUUGGGGAGCCUCUGCCACUGCCCAAAAUAGAAAAACCAAGCCAGGAAAUGGUGGAAAAAUACCACACACUCUAUAUGGAUGCCCUGUGCAAACUGUUUGACCAGCAUAAGACCCAGUAUGGCUGUUCAGAGGACCAAAAGCUGCUUUUCCUGUGA